AUGCGGCCGUAUGCGCCUGAUGCCAUCGACAGAGCAUUCGCCGCCCUCUCGGUCCUUCUCAAAAGCAAUGACGUUCUUCCCACCACGCAGGUUGAGUGGUUUUCCAAUUUUCCCGCCCCGACUUUUGAUUCCUAUAUUCCUGGGCCAAUUUUAACGUCCAUCACCGAAGAGAUCUUUGAAUUUCUUUCGAACUUUGCGGGGCAGUGGCACGACUUCCAAGCACGUAUCAUAGCCCGCGACUUUCCCGUUCUCAUCUGGGAAAUUACACAGACGCUCCGAUGCUCGUCUUCCAUCAUACAGGAUCUUAUAUUUACCCUCAGUCGCCGACUUCUAGGGUGCCCGGAGGGUCCCUUUUCGAAUGCCUUCUCCGAACUCUUUUCCAGUGACCGUCACUUCGAGUCGUCCAUUCGAUCGAGUCAUUUUCAACCAGGCCAUAUUCAGCAAACUAGGAACGCAUUGGUGGGCAGAUAUCUUAGCCUCAUUGCGCAAUUUCGUUCUCAAGCUCAUACCCCGAUAGCCGUUGCUUCGCCAUCUCUCCAGGUUCUCCCGGCUAGAACACCAGCUGCGCAGGUCAGCAAUCAAGGCCCGGGCUCGACCAGUCAAGACCCAAUGAUCAACGAGCCCGCUUCACUCUUGCCUGGCACGGAGCAGCCCAUCCAGAGUCAGCAUUCUUGGACACCGAAAGCGAACAACAGAAACAUGCCUUCGACAAUCCCAUCAAUAAUUCAGCCGGUUCCGUCCAAUUAUGGCUCAGCAGAUGCUAUCCGAAAGAUAGCUCAAUAUGCUGGCACAUCGAGAAACCAUUCGCCCGCUGCCGGUCCACCUCCAGUCCACCCUCAGAACGUAUUGGCAUCCAUGGCUCAGCCCACGCAGCCGGCUUUGGCUCAAAAUGCGAUUCCGCCGAUUCAGAAUCCGGCUGCGCUCUUGAAUCCGGCACCUGGCAAGGUUUUCAGAUCAAUACCCGAGUCAGAGUAUCCGAAGAGCGCCUACAGCUUGUCAUCACUCAAAGUCGGGUUACAUUUGGCACGGCAGCGUAGUCCUUACCGCAUACCCAAAAACAUUGAGGCCACAAAAUACUACCAAUCAAAUUCUCGCUAUCCGAUGACCAACUUCAGAAACUCCCUGUGCGGCAAGCCGUAUUUGACAUUUGCACACUACCCGUUGUGA